GUGCACACAGCAGUAAAGAAUUCAGCGUGCUGCGCUUGUGGUAUCUUCCCUACGCACAGUCGACGGCGCGCGCUUAUGCAACGUCAUUCUUCAAGGUUGCUGUGGCAGCACUGUUGCGCCAUGUUGAACAGAAACGGGGAAUUACCAAUGUUCAAAACAGAAGAUUGAGGGAUACAACAAAACAUUCAGUGAAGAUGAAAGUCCCAUGAAAACGCAUUUUAUGUUUUAACCGUGCACACAAGUUAAUACCAUGCCUUUUCCUAUUGCAAAUCAAGUGCAAACGUCUCAACAGUCGCCAAAGCAUUACGGCAUCACGUCUCCAAUCAGCCUUGCCCUGCCCAAAGAGGUGGACCUGGCUCUCACACGGAAGCUGACGGAGGCACUGAAGCCUUAUGGCGUGUUUGAGGAAGAGCUUGAAUUGCAGCGCAGAAUUUUGGUUUUAGGCAAAUUAAACAUGCUGGUUAAAGAAUGGAUCAGGGACAUCAGUGAAACAAAGAACUUGCCUAUGUCUAUAAUUGAAAAUGUUGGAGGAAAGAUAUUCACAUUUGGCUCCUACAGACUAGGAGUUCAUACUAAAGGUGCUGAUAUUGAUGCCCUCUGUGUUGCCCCACGCCAUGUUGAACGAGCCGAUUUCUUCUCUUCUUUUUAUGAGAAGCUGAAAGAACAAGAAGAGGUCAAAGACCUGAGGGCUGUGGAGGAGGCGUUUGUUCCAGUAAUAAAAUUAUCCUUUGAUGGCAUUGAGAUUGACAUAUUGUUUGCCCGGUUAGCCCUGCAAACGAUUCCUGAAGAUCUGGAUUUACGUGAUGAUAGUUUGCUGAAGAAUUUGGACAUCCGAUGUAUUAGAAGCCUUAAUGGUUGCAGAGUCACUGAUGAAAUCUUGCACUUGGUGCCAAACAUUGAGAACUUCAGACUGACCCUGAGGGCCAUCAAGCUGUGGGCUAAGCGUCACAACAUCUACUCCAACAUCCUGGGCUUUCUGGGUGGGGUGUCGUGGGCCAUGCUAGUUGCCAGAACCUGCCAGCUGUACCCCAAUGCCGUGGCAUCCACACUAGUGCACAAGUUCUUCCUGGUCUUCUCAAAGUGGGAAUGGCCAAACCCAGUCCUUCUGAAGCAACCCGAGGACUGCAACCUCAACCUCCCUGUGUGGGACCCUAGGGUCACCCCCAGUGACAGGUACCACCUGAUGCCAAUCAUCACACCAGCCUACCCCCAGCAGAACUCCACCUACAAUGUGUCUGUGUCCACCCGUGCUGUCAUGAUCGAUGAGUUUAAACAGGGUCUUGCCAUCACAGAUGAAAUUUUGCAGAAUAAAGCAGAGUGGUCCAAACUAUUUGAAGCACCAAACUUCUUUCAGAAAUACAAGCAUUAUAUUGUGUUGCUAGCGAGUGCUCCGACAGAGAAACAGCACCUGGAGUGGGUUGGCCUGGUGGAGUCCAAAAUUCGCAUUCUGGUUGGGAAUCUGGAGAAGAAUGAGUUCAUCACACUUGCACAUGUGAACCCACAGUCAUUCCCUGGUCCGAAAGAAGACGUUGAGAAACAAGAAUUCAACACAAUGUGGGUCAUUGGGAUUGUGUUCAAGAAAGUAGAGGGCUCUGAAAAUCUCAAUGUGGAUCUGACAUACGACAUCCAGUCUUUCACCGACACCGUGUACAGACAAGCAAUAAGCAGUAAGAUGUUUGAAGCAGACAUGAAGAUCACAGCCAUGCACGUGAAGAGGAAGCAACUCCACCAGCUCCUGCCGAACCUGGUCAUACAGAAACGAAGGAAGCACUCGACAGAGGGGGUUCGUCUGCUGAACGAGACCAAUCUGGACCUGUCUUUGGACAGCGACAACAGCAUGUCCAUUCCCUCGCCCACCGCUGUCCUGAAGAGCUGCCCACUCAACCACGCCUCCAACCUGCCUGGGCCUGUUCCUUCACUGACCAGCCCGUCGGACUCCCAGGCCAAGGCUGAUGCUGCAGACUCCUCUGGAGGCGUGUCGAACGGACAGAAGCCCAGCUCUGCCGCCACCCAGCCCACGCCCCCCCACACUGCGGCCUCCACACGGGCCACGAACCGCACCCCUCCACCCACACCCAAACCAGCACUGAAGAGGAGCGGCUCCCCUCCGCUGGAGGACAGGGGCAAGAGACCCAGGCUGGAGGAGGACCCGGCUGCAGAUGCGGACAGCCCUGCUCUGGACUCUGAGGCAGCGUCGUCUGUAGAGCCGACGCAGAGUGGUGAAGACAUGAGUCAAUCUCAAGAGGGGGAAGGGAAGGAACCAGAGGAGAAAGUAACCUCAUCCGUUCCAGUCACACAGAAAGUGCUCAGCGCAGAUCUUUCUGAUGUACCCCUUCUCCCACCAAACCCCAUUCCAGUCGUGAAGAACUCGAUCAAGCUGAGGCUUAGCCGGUAGAAAAACAAAGCCUCUGGAGUCCCGCUAAGCAUAGACUGUUUCGGGUCAGAAGGGAGCAGCAGCAGCGAUCGACUGCUGCAGAAGAAACAGUGAGCGAAUCUACGAGGGAAUGUAUUGUAAUUCCAGAUUCGACCACUAGAUGGAGGCGCAGCUCUUCUGACUUCUUCAGUGGCAUUAUCCCAAGACAGGUAGUUUUACAGGAAAUAAUAAUACAUAUGAUGUCAUACUUUCACACUGUGUAAUGUGACUGCUAUAGAUAUGUGUUUGUGAUUUUUAUUUCAUUGUUUAUAUUGAACCAGGAGAAGUCUAAAAGUCUAGAGCAGACGUUAAUGGUGGAUAUUAUGUUUUGUGGUAGCGUGCUUUAUUUUGAUGCAGACUUAUGACUUGGUGUGGGUUUAUGGCAUCAACUGUCAAAAUUUGAAUUGAGUUUCACGCAGCAGCUGCACCUGGUGAAGACCACUAAUUCUUUAAGAAAAGUUGUGAUUUAAGAUGGAUUGUGAUAUUUACAAGGUACGCACUGUCAGCUGUUUGUGCCUUUGGGCUGUUUACGGGGUAGAUUUGUUGAAGUAAUAGAAAUAGUCUCACUAAUUGAAAUAGCUCAGGUUUGAGUAAAUAACUUGACCAAAAACAUCUUCAGAUAUUUCUUUUGUUUAAUGUAGCAUUUUUUUUUUUGAUGGAGGAAAGUAAUCCAACCACAAGUAGGUCCAGAUUAUUCCCAAACAUAACUGAAGACUGAUUUACGAACAGUGUUUGAGUCAAAGAAACAGAUCUGUAUAACAACCUUUGGAAUAAUUUGCUUUGUACUUUGUGUUGUACAAAAUAAAUACAUUUUCUUUGAA